AUGACCUUGUGUAUUAUCGAUGAGAUCGUUGUAUUGACAGUAAUUGUGACCCAAUUCUCGCCCAAAACAACUGACUUAAGCCUUAACCGAGGGCUGCCGACGGCGGCCACAGACGUGACGGAAGUGGUGUCGGGAACGGCCGCCAAACUGGCCCUACAAUCGGCCGAAAGCCAUAUGAAUACGAAAAACGGCCGAAAUUUGAUGAGAUUUUCCGAAAGAAUGAAUAAAAGGUUGACUCAGAGGAAGAAUAGGCCCCGAAGUGCGGUCACAUCUGCGGUGUCCGUGUCGUCCGCCAGUCACUCAGAUGUGGACCAAAUAUUUGAUAAUUUAACUCAAUUAGAAGAAGCGAAUCUCAUUAUGGAUGCCAAUAGUGGUGCCAACUCUGGGAUCAGAUCCGGACAGGUGAGAAGUGAUUUCGUGGAGAGUAUGGACAGUCCGGUCUCGAAGUCUGAGCCGCAGUCCAAUAAAAUAGAGGCACUCGAUUGGACGAAACUGAUGGUCGAAAUACGGUCUUUGAGUUUCAGUUACGACAGGAAGAAGAAAUUCAUUGACAAACUCAAUAUGUCUGUACCAAAGAGUGCUAUAUAUGGUCUGUUAGGGCCGAGCGGUUGCGGGAAAACAACACUACUUCGACUUAUUCUGGGAUUAAUUAAACCGAAAAUGGGUUUAGUGAAGGUGAAUGGCAAACCACCGGGUGAUCCGGCCAACAAGAUUCCCGGCAUUGGUGUUGGUUUUAUGCCACAAGAAUUGGCUCUCUUUCAAGAGAUCACUUUAAACGAAGCGCUCAAAUACUUUAGCAAAUUAUACGGUAUGAGCGAUGAGCUGACACUAUCGAGGAUCAAGUUUUUGGUCGACUUUCUUGAUCUGCCCGAUGCCGACAGACUCAUUGGCACAAUGAGUGGUGGACAGAAAAGACGUGUCUCACUGUCUCUUUCGCUCGUCCACAAUCCACCGAUUCUUAUAUUAGAUGAGCCAACAGUAGGAACUGAUCCAGUGUUAAGAGAGCGGAUUUGGGAACAUUUGGUAGUGUUAUCUCAAACAGAGUCGACAACUAUUAUAAUAACCACUCAUUAUAUAGAAGAGGCCCGAAGAGCACACGUGAUAUCGCUUAUGAGAGAAGGAAAACUACUCGUUGAACACUCGCCUCAACACCUAUUGACACACUUUUGUGUCCAAAAUCUGGAGGAAGUGUUUCUCAAGAUGUGUGAAGACAAAGGCGUGCAGAAUAUGCCACAGAAUUAUAACGACUCGAUCGCUAUUUACAGCAGUAAUAAAGCGGACAACGCUUUUGAAAAACCAAACGGAAAGCUAAACGGGAAUGAAGUGAAAGUUCGGGGCAAAGGAUCCGUUUCCUCGUAUAAGCGAGUGAUGACACAAACCCAUAAGAAUGGCAUAAGACUUAUGAGAAACAAACCUUUACUGAUAUUUGAGACCAUUUUGCCGACAAUAUGUAUCAUAAUAUUCUGUUUAUGCAUCGGAACGAAACCAUAUAAUAUUCAAAUAGCCAUUUAUAAUGGAGAAUAUGUGGAUAAUAACACGUUCUCAUUGUUCCCAACAUUGAGCCAAUUGUUUAUAAGUCAAAAACACUAUACGUCAAAUGAAUCGGCAAUUAAUGCGGUGAGAGAUACGGGCGAAAUAUUUGGCGCUCUUAUAUUCAACCAAAACUUCACGACUGGUCUCUACAAGAGGUUUACCAAUAAAUUUAACGCCACCGACGAUGACAUCGAUUACAGUACUAUUCAAUUCUUCGGAGACUUUACUGAUAUGAUAAUAACGGAAACGCUGACCAAAACGUUGAUCGACGCGGAGUACGACUUCAUGCGGGAGACAAUGAAUCGAUAUAUGGUUGUCAAUCAGGACCCGCAGAUGAGACGACAGGUGCGUGUGUUUGAUCCCAUCAUAAAGAUGAUGGACCCGAUCUACGGCUCGUUGGACCCGAACUUUCGCGACUUUAUGGCGCCCGGAAUCAUCAUUUCUGUCAUCUAUUUCAUGGCUGUGGGUCUGACGGCACUAACUCUGGUGGUGGAGCGCAAAGAGGGCCUAAUGGAGCGGUCGCUGGUCGCCGGCCUUAAGAUGCAUGAAAUACUGGCCUCUCAAGUGAUACUCCAGUUCUUUAUCGUCACACUUCAGGCGACACUUCUUAUGAUAUUUACGUUUCUGGUGUUUGAAGUGCCCAAUAAUGGCAAUAUGUUAUUAGUUAUAGUCAUUGUUUUAAUGCAAGGCGUGGGCGGCAUGUGUUUCGGUCUUGUGAUCUCAUCGGUUUGUAAUGAGGAGAACUCGGCUAUAAUGGCUUCUUUGGGAUCGUUUUAUUCAUAUUUCCUGAUAUCAGGAGUGAUUUGGCCGUUGGAGGGAAUGCCGCCCGUCAUUAGAAACAUAAGCUAUUUUCUGCCCCAAACUCUAUCCAUAAUAGCGCUGAGGAAUGUGAUGCUGAAGGGCUGGUCUCUGACCUAUCAAUACGUCUAUUUGGGUUUCGUGUCGAUAUUUUUGCGUAAAAUGUAUCUUAAGGUUAACGCCGAAGACACCGACCAAAAGAACUCGUUUAGAUGUCAGAGCAUUGAAUCACUCGAUUGGACACAACUGAUGGUCAAAAUCCGGUCUCUUGUCUUCACAUAUGAUAAGAGAUCCAAAUUCAUUGAUAAACUCGAUAUGUCUGUACCAAAGGGUGCGAUAUAUGGUUUGUUGGGUCCGAGCGGUUGCGGCAAAACGAGUCUAUUAAAGCUUAUACUGGGCUUAUUAAAGCCCAAAUCUGGCAAAAUUAAAAUUAAUGGCACAAAACCCAGUGAUCCGAGUAAUAAUAUUCCGGGUAUUGGUGUUGGGUUUAUGCCUCAAGAAUUGGCACUCUUUCAUGAAAUCACUUUACAUGAAGCCCUCAAAUAUUACUGUAGAUUAUAUGGUAUGAGUCGUGAGCUGACACUUUUGAGGAUUGAUUUUUUGGUCAAUUUGUUUGAUUUACCCAAUGUUCACCAUCUUAUAAAAGACUUAAGUUGCGGUGAAAAGCGACGGAUUUCCCUUUGCAUAGCACUCGUCCACAAUCCGCCGUUCCUUAUACUGGAUGAGCCAACAGUGGGAACCGAUCCACUCCUCAAAGAAAAAAUUUGGGAUCAUUUGGUAGAAUUGUCUCAAACAGAGUCGACAACUAUUAUAAUAACCACUCAUUAUAUAGAAGAGGCCCGAAGAGCACACGUGAUAUCUCUUAUGAGAAAAGGCAAACUAUUGGUCGAACAGUCGCCACAAUAUCUAUUGGAUUACUUCUGCGUACAGAAUCUCGAAGAAGUAUUCCUCCGGAUGUGUCUAAACUAUAAGUUGGAGAAUAUGCCACAAAAUUAUUUAGAGAUACUAAACAAUAACUACAAUUCAAACAACGCUUUUAUCACAAAUGAAGUGAAUUUAUUGGCUUUGCUAUUUCAAGUGAUAUUACCUACAUUAAUCAUUGUGCUAAAACACUACUCGUCAAAGUCGAGGGCACUUUCGGCUAUUAAUGAAGAGGAUUUAUUUGGUGCGCUUAUCAUAGAUAAAGGCUUCACAACAGGUUUUAUGAAUAGAUAUGCAUUUACUAACAAUGUGACCGACAAAGACCUGUUUACCAGUACUAUUCAAUUCUAUGGAGAUUUCUCCGAUUUAAUUAUAAUGAAGACAUUGAUGAGAGUCCUAAUGGAGGCCGAAAGGGAUUUUAUGCGGGAAUCGGUCCACAAGUAUAUUACAAAUGGACAAAGAGAUGGAAAACAGGUGCGAAUGUUUGACCCGUUUGUCCGAUUCAUGGAUCCACCCAUCUAUGGCUCAUUGGAUCCCAAUUUUCGCGAUUUCGUGGCCACCGGAGUCAUCGUAUCGUUGAUAUACUUCAUGGCCGUCGGUCUGACGGCACUAACUAUGGGUACCGAACGCAAGAGCGGUCUAUUGGACAGAUCACUGGUGGCCGGACUCCGAUUGCAUGAGAUCCUGGCCUCACAGAUCAUAUUGCAGUUCCUGAUUGUGAUCCUUCAGUCAGUGCUGGUAAUGGUAUUCUCGUUAUACGUGUUUGAAUUGCCACACAAUGGGAGUGUUGUCUAUUCAAUGCUCAUUGUUGUCCUCCAAGGAAUCGGUGGCAUGUUUUUUGGUCUUGUUAUAUCUGCGGUCUCUCAGGAGGAGAACUCGUCAAUAAUGUUGGCGUUGGGAUCAAUAAAUGCAUAUUUCUUAAUGUCGGGCAUUAUUUGGCCGCUCGAAGGCAUGUCUCCCACAAUGAGAUCAAUCAGUUAUCUGAUGCCACAAACUCUGUCCAUACAAUCACUUCGCGAUAUUAUGUUCAACGGCUGGUCUUUAGAUACGAAAUUUAGCAGUAGUGAUGAAGACGUAAAGAAAGACCAAAACAAUGAAUUUAAAACAAAGUUAUCGCAAUCAUCGCCGGAUCCGAUAGACGACAAAAUAGAUUCACUCGAUUGGACACAAUUGAUGGUCAAAGUUCGGUCACUUGUCUACACCUAUGAUAAGAAAAUCAAGUUUAUUAAUAAUCUGAAUAUGUCUGUACCCAAGGGUGCGAUAUACGGGUUAUUAGGACCGAGUGGUUGUGGAAAGACUACAUUACUUCGGAUUAUUCUUGGUUUAAUAAAACCAAAAUCGGGUAAAAUUAAAAUAAAUGGCAGAAAGCCUAGCGAUCCGUUAAAUAAUAUCCCGGGUAUUGGUAUUGGAUUUAUGCCUCAAGAAUUGGCACUCUUUCAAGAGAUCACUUUAUUGGAAGCGCUCAGAUAUUUCAGCCGAUUGUAUGGUCUGAGAGAAGAGCUCAUACUUCAGAGGAUUGACUUUUUGGUCAAUUUUCUCAAUUUACCCGAUUUUGAUCGUCGUAUUGAAAAAAUGAGUGGAGGACAGAAAAGGCGAGUUUCAUUAGCGCUAUCACUCAUACAUAAUCCACCACUUCUUAUACUGGAUGAGCCAACUGUUGGCACCGACCCUCUCAUAAGGGAGAGGAUUUGGGAACAUUUGGUAGAGUUAUCGGAGAGGGAGUCGACGACUAUUAUUAUUACCACACAUUAUAUAGAAGAGGCCCGAAGAGCACACGUGAUAUCACUUAUGAGAAAAGGACGACUACUGGUUGAACACUCGCCUCAACACCUAUUGAAUCACUUUUACGCAAAAAAUUUGGAGAAAGUUUUCCUAAACAUGUGCCAGAAUUUGGAUGAAAAUAUGCCACAAAAUUAUAUCGAGACAAAAGCCAAUAACAAUCAUAACAAUUAUAACAAUAGUUAUGUAACGAAAGCAAAGUUACAGUUAAAUGAUGAGGAAUUUAGGCCCAAAUCUCGAGUCAAUUCGUGUCAAAGAGUAAUAACGCAAACCCAUAAGAAUGGCAUUAUUCUCAUGAGAAAUAUACCUCGACUGUUGUUUCAAAUAAUGUUACCCGCGAUUUGUGUCACUAUAUUUUGCUUAUGUCUCGGAACCAAACCCUAUGGCAUUCAAAUAGCCCUCUAUAACGGAGAACACGAUGAAUCCAUUGUCAGAAAUAAGACAUUUAUCUCAUUAAAUCAUAUCGACCACAAAGAGAUUGAAUUUGUAUAUUUUAAGUCGGAAGAAGAGGCCAUUGACGCGGUCUCUAAUGAUGACGAUAUUCGCGGCGCGUUUAUCAUUGACAAAGACUUUACCACAUCUAUGAUGAGGAGAUUUACCACUGAUUUAAGUUUCAAAGACAUCGACAUCAAAAGGAGUACAAUUCACUUCUACGGAGAUUUUACGGACAUGAUAAUCACUCAAUCGUUGAUCAAAGACUUGAAAGAAGUGGAAGCAAAAUUUGUCAAAACAAUAAUUAGUAAAUAUAUGCCAAUGAAUGAGAAUCUGGUAAAGAAAUUGCAGACCAAAAUACUGGAACCGUUGGUGCAAUACAUGGAUCCGGCGGUCUAUGGCUCGAUUGACGCCAAAUUUCAGGACUAUUUAGCGCCCGGAGUCAUCAUUUCCAACAUAUUCUUCAUUACUGUAGGCAUGACUGCACUGACUCUGGUGUUGGAGCGCAACAGUGGACUACUCGAGCGAUCGCUUCUGACCGGCCUUAAGAUGCAUGAGAUAAUUGCCUCACAACUCAUCCUCCAGUCAUUUGUCAUCGCCUGUCAAACCAUACUAUUGAUGCUAUUCUUGUUUUAUGUCUUUGAGUUGUCAAACAAUGGCAACAUUUUGUAUACGCUUUUGAUGAUUAUAUUGCAGGGAAUCGCUGGCAUGAGUUUUGGUUUAGUGAUAUCAUCGGUGGUGAGCGACGAGCACGCGUCCAUUAUGGCCACUUUGAGCACCUUUUAUAUCUACUUCUUUAUCUCGGGAUCCAUUUGGCCGCUCGAAGGCAUGCCAUCGAUGAUCAGAACCAUAAGCUAUGAUUUGAUACAUAAAGUAAAGGUAAAAAUCUUAGCCGCACUUUUGGGCGUAGCGCUGGCCAACCCUGCCAUCCGAUCGUGGGGUGGACUGGGAUGGGGUGGCGACAACUGGAACAACGGCUGGAGUAACGGCUGGGGUAACAACGGAUGGGCGGGCAGAGGAUGGGCCGGAAACAGUUGGGGAAACAACGGUUUGUACGGAAACAACUGGGGUCUCAAUAGUUGGGGCAAUGGUUACGGCAACGGUUGGGGCCGUUCGCUCGGUUACGGCGUGCGGUCGUCUCCGUCCUGGAAUGGUUGGAACGGUUACAACGGUUACGCCGGUAAAUCUGUCGUCUUGAGCACCGGUUUGGGAGGCGGUCUGGGAUGGGGUCGUGGCCUCGGAAUCGGUGGUGGUUUGGGAUGGGGUCGCGGCCUCGGAUGGAACGGUGGUCUCCGAUCCGGUUAUGGUUGGAAUGGAGGUCUGAGCGCCGGCUGGGGCUGGAAAUAA